UGCGGCCGCAUGUCAAUCACCGGCUCUCAUGUGAUGGCUCUCGCCAAUGACGUGCCAGCCAUAUGGGCCUGGCAUCAGAGCUGGUAUGUAACCCACCCAGUCCUGCCUCUGAGGUGCCACACGGAUCCCUCCACGCGUUUGGGCUGGGGAUAGCAGCAGCAGCAGCAGACAGAGCAGGGCGGCCAGAGAGGAGGAGAGAGGCGCGUGAGAGCAGAACACGAGCAUCCGUGCAGGGCGUGUGGAUGUGAUGCCCACCCGGAGCGAGAUGGUGUAAACAAACCCGCUUUGCCCCGUCACUGAGCUCCACCGCGGAGGUUGCUUGCCACGAUGUUGAGCCGUCUGUUCAGCGACGUCCUGCCGGACGUCCAGAGGCUCGCAGCGGACUGGGUGGAGGACAACGAGAACGAGGACUGCAAGAACAAGGACGAAGACCACGAGAACCUCGAUGAGGACGACCUGGACGAGCCGCUGGAAGGCAGCAGCCGAGCCGAGUCCGAGAUGGCCUGCGACGAUGACGAGGAUGACGAGGCCGAGGAAGAGGAGUGCGACGAGAACGGUGGAGACAAACCCAAGAAGCGCGGCCCAAAGAAACGCAAGAUGACGGCGGCGCGCGUGGAGCGCUCCAAGGUGCGUCGGAUGAAGGCAAAUGCGCGGGAGCGCACGCGCAUGCACGACUUGAAUUCUGCGCUGGAAAAUCUGCGCAAAGUUGUGCCGUGCUACUCCAAAACCCAAAAACUCUCCAAGAUAGAGACUCUGAGGCUGGCCAAGAAUUACAUAAUGGCCCUUGGGGAGAUUUUACGCAACGGGAAACGGCCAGAUGUGGUCGCCUACGUGCAGAUGUUGUGUAAAGGCCUGUCCCAGCCCACUACCAACCUGGUGGCAGGCUGUCUGCAGCUCAACACCAGGAACUUCCUGACUGAACCGUGUUCGGAUGGAGCCCGCUUCCACGUGCCCAGCUCUCCUUUCUCCGUCCAUCCGUACUCCUACCGGUGCUCCCGCAUCUCCAGUCCUCACUACCAGCCCGGAAGCGGCGCGCUUACCGCGCGCGGCCAAUCCUACGGUUCUGGGUACGAGGCCCCGUACCCGCCGGGUGGGACGUCCCCUGACUAUAGCAGCCCGGACUACGAGGCCCCGCACAGUCCGCCCGUCUGCCUGAACGGCGCCGGGCUGUCCGGCAGACAGCAGCAGGCGCCCUCUGAGACGGACAGGAACUAUCACUACUCUAUGCAUUACUCCGGACUGACCACGUCUCGGCCCAGCCACAGCAUUCCUUUCGGGCCCUCGGGAGCGCGCAGUGGCGGUUCGCACUCGGAAAACAUUCCACCUUUCCACGACGUGCACUUGCACCACGACAGGGCGGCACCGUAUGAGGAUCUCAAUGCUUUUUUCCAUAACUGAGCCCUCACAAUCAGACGCGUUGCCCUUCUAAUGACAAUCCUAUAUCACGUGUAAUAUUAUUUGGGAAACAAGAGAAGCUUCUGAAAGGAUGGGAGAUGGAGUCCUCUGAUUCCCUUCUGUAUUCUAUGAUGUCAUCCCUAUACGGUUGAGCAUCCUAUCGACGUGUGUCCAGUAAUAUCCUGUAUGCAGAAUGAGUGCAAUUGACAUAAAAUAUGUAUAGGCCUAAACAUGUUAUGACACAAACAACAGAAAUAAAAAAAGGUGUUAUAACUGUC